GCAUUUUCAGACCAAAAAAUUCAUAAAAUUAAAGUGUUUGCAUUCAUAUUAGUUGGUAAAUAUGGAGAAUAUUCACUAUCUCCCAUUAUCCCGCCUCUUUCUCUCUCACGCAGAAAAGAAAGGGAUAAAUAUCGCCUACAAUGGCGCUAUCCAGUGGUUAUUAAUUCACGAAAUCAAAUUUUCCCGUUGAAACCGUAUCUUUCUUUUCAAACCAUUGAUGCCCACUUUUCUUUUCUUAUUCUUCUUUUUCGGUUUGUCUUGUUUCUUGAUCAACGAAAAUAUCAAAAUCAUUGACUUCCAUUCACUUCUUCACUUUCUUGGAAAUUUCUCAAAUUCUUGCAAUAAAAAAGUCAUUCUUUUCUGCACAUUUUUAUUGGCCUUUGUUUUCUCAGUUUAGAAGAUAAUAAGAUAUAUCUGGGUUAUAUAUAUAUAUAUAUUACUAGUGCAGUUGUUUAGUUUGUUCAUGAACAAUUUGAAUCAACAGUAGUGCCUGUUCUGGGUGAUGGAAUUAUUGUUGCUUAGAACCAUUAAAUGGAUACCCACAAGACUAACGACGACCCACCCAUCAUUCGAAUCCAUUCUAAUCUUGAGAUGGAAUCAUUAGAGGAUAAAGCUGUACUUGACUUUCAGGAUGAUAAUAAAGACUCAAUUGGCAGUAAGAAACAAUCUUUUGAUGGCUCUGAAAAAGGGUCUUUAUCUGCUUUGGAUUUGAGCACUAGUUUUGAUGUGCCAAGAAAUAGUGUUCUUGAUAGCAUAAAGAUUGUGGUAUUCUCUGCCAAAAUUAACUUACUUAUGCCUUUUGGUCCAUUAGCAAUCCUGGUUGAUGCAAUUUCUGGCAAUCAUGGUUGGGUUUUUCUUCUCUGCUUGUUGGGAAUUAUUCCUAUGGCUGAGCGUCUGGGUUUUGUGACAGAGCAGCUGGCUUUCUUUACUGGACCUACAGUUGGAGGUCUAUUAAAUGCUACUUUUGGGAAUGCAACAGAACUAAUAAUAUCAAUUUACGCAUUAAGAAAUGGGAUGAUCCGUGUUGUUCAACAGUCAUUACUUGGAUCAAUCUUGUCGAACAUGUUGCUGGUGCUUGGAUGUGCAUUCUUCAGCGGUGGACUUGUGGUUGCUGAGAGGGAACAAGUUUUUAACAAGGGAACUGCUACUAUGAAUUCUGGUUUGCUGUUGAUGGCAGUCAUGGGCCUUCUAUUCCCUGCUGUACUCCAUUCUACACGAACAGAAUUGCAUUUUGGAAAGUCUGAGUUGGCUCUUUCAAGAUUUAGUAGUUGUGUCAUGCUGGUUGCAUAUGCUGCAUUUCUCUAUUUUCAGCUGAAGAGCCAGAAAAAUCUUUACAUCCCAGUAAAUGAUGAGCAAGAGAGUCAAACUUGGAAUGCAGAUGAUGAAGAAGCUCCCGAGAUCUCAAAAUGGGAAGCGAUCAUAUGGCUAUUUCUUCUAACCAUAUGGAUAUCAGUCCUCUCAGAAUAUUUAGUUGAUGCCAUACAGGGUGCAUCUAGUGAAUGGAAAAUACCAGUAGCAUUUAUUAGUGUUAUCUUGCUCCCUAUUGUUGGAAAUGCAGCAGAACAUGCAGGUGCUAUUAUGUUUGCCAUGAAAGACAAGCUUGAUAUAUCUCUGGGAGUGGCAAUAGGCUCAUCAACGCAGAUAUCUAUGUUUGGGAUACCCUUCCUCGUGGUCGUUGGGUGGAUCAUCGGGCGCCCCAUGGACUUAAAUUUUCAACUUUUUGAGACAGCAACGCUUUUUAUAACUGUUCUUGUGGUGGCCUUCAUGUUGCAGGAGGGAACUUCGAAUUACUUUAAAGGACUAAUGCUCAUCCUCUGCUACCUGAUAGUUGCUGCAAGUUUCUUCGUACAUAUGGACCCUACUUCAAUAGAGGAUCCGCCGAAACCUAGUGAUUGAAGAAAAUGGACUAGUUAGGAGAUAUAUACUUUGAGCUUGAGGACACUGAUACAUAAAAUGCAGCUAUUCUGCAGAGAAGCUCAGCUCUAUCAAACUCUGUCAUCAGAGGGAACAAUUCUACCAGGUGUUUCUGCUGUAGCCUGAGAGUCCUCCUUUGCAAAAAACACUUUUUCAGUUUCACCUUGUUGUAUCUGAGUUUGGCAGCUGCUGACAAUGGGAUUUCUUGUGUAUGACUACAAUGGUGCGAGGGAGAUGGCUAGAUAUAGGCUUUAGCUUGCUAUCUUGCAAAAUUAGAGUGUAGAAUUAAUAGUGAAGGUCAAAAUGUAUGAAAUCUGAAGGGAAAAGAAAAUUUCUUUCUUCUUCUUUUUCUUUGUUUUACUAACCUUUGUAACGUAUAUCCAUUAUUCUCUUGCUUAAAUAUUUCAUUAUAAGAUAUGUCUUGUUUGGUACCUUGUAAAUAAAGUAUGUGCUAUAAUGUUAUAUGAGACUAAGGGCCAUCCCUUUUUUUUUA